AACAAACUAAGAAAAUAGAAAACUAUAACGAGCUCAAUUUGUUACAAACUUUAUAAAGGACACAGCAGCAGCAACAACAAAAAAUGACAUCAAGUGGCAGUAGCAGCAGCAGCAGUACAACCUCGCCAAACACUUCACCGCGUCAACGAAAACGUUCAACGCGAACGAAUAACACAUCCCUAACAACAGCCACUAAACGUCUGAGUAAUAAAAAACAGUUUAUACCCCUGGAACAUGGUUGUGAGGACAAUUGGACCUGGAGUAGACGUCACCGAUCAAAAGAGGUGGUAUUGAGUGGGGCCCAUAAUAGAACCGUGCAUUUUCAUCCCAACUGGAGCAAAGGCACGGCUGGUGUCCAAGGUAAACGGCCUUUGAACAAUGGUCGUUUCUAUUGGGAAUUACAUGUAUCGCAAAGAAUUUUCGGCACUAGCAUAAUGUUUGGCAUUGGUACGCGUAAGGCACGCCUUCAUGCCAAUUCAUUUCGCAAUAUAUUGGGUGAAAACGAACACGGUUGGGGUCUAUCCCACAAGGGUGUGUUGUGGCACAAAGGCGUGGCUUUAUUGUAUACAGAUCGUUUUAAAGAGAAUCAAGCUACGGUGGUGGGCAUUCUAUUUGAUGGCAUCGAAGGCACUUUGACCUAUUACAAGGAUGGCAAGUGUUUAGGUGUCGCCUUUCGGGGUUUAGAUAAGAUCAACGAACCCUUAUAUCCCAUAGUUUGUUCAACGGCCGCCAAAACUGAAAUGACUUUGAACAGUACACGCAGCGAUAUCGGUCAUUUACAAGAUCGUUGUCGGGCCGAAGUUAUGAAACACAUUAAGUCCCGACAAGAUCUUCUAAAACUUAAAUUACCUUCAAUCAUAACAAAUUAUUUAAGCGAAGCAUUUAAUGAUAAUGUUCCACUACGUCAAGUUGAUAACUAUGACAUGCUCUAUGAAUUUUAG